CGGGACGUAACUUCCGGGAAGGGCUUACUUCCAAGACAGACACGGAAGUGCUGGGAGGCGCCGGGAGCCGGUUCGGUUGCGGGUGUUUCUGGCCCUGCGGUCAGCCCUGGGAACGUCCCGGAGAGCUAGAUUCCUAGAGGCCCGAUUCCGCUAGCCCGGAACAGGCAAAGCCAGCGCUCCCGCCCGCUCCCCGACUUAGAAUCCGAUGCCGGCAGCGUCCUGGGGCCCCCGUAGCGGGGCUGGACCAUGAGCCUGCUGGACGGCCUCGCCUCCUCGCCGCGGGCUCCGCUGCAGUCCAGCAAGGCCAGGAUGAAAAAGCUCCCGAAGAAGAGCCAGAAUGAGAAGUAUCGGCUGAAGUACCUGCGGCUGCGCAAAGCGGCCAAGGCCACGGUGUUUGAAAAUGCUGCUAUUUGUGAUGAAAUUGCUCGUCUUGAGGAAAAAUUUCUUAAAGCAAAAGAAGAAAGAAGGUACUUGCUAAAGAAGCUCCUCCAGCUUCAGGCUCUAACUGAAGGGGAAGUACAGGCUGCAGCUCCUUCCCACAGUUCCAGUUUGCCCCUGACUUAUGGUGUGGCCAGCUCUGUGGGUACUAUACAGGGAGCUGGGCCUAUUUCAGGGCCCAGCACUGGGGCUGAGGAACCAUUUGGGAAGAAAACUAAGAAGGAGAAAAAAGAAAAAGGCAAAGAGAACAACAAACUGGAAGUUCUGAAGAAAACAUGCAAGAAAAAGAAAAUGGAGGGAGGUGCUCGCAAGCUGGUUCAGCCCAUUGCCCUGGAUCCCUCGGGACGGCCUGUGUUCCCCAUCGGACUAGGGGGUCUAACAGUAUAUAGCCUGGGGGAGAUCAUCACCGACCGACCUGGCUUUCAUGAUGAGAGUGCCAUCUACCCCGUGGGCUACUGCAGUACUCGAAUAUAUGCCAGCAUGAAGUGCCCAGACCAGAAGUGUCUCUAUACCUGUCAGAUCAAGGAUGGUGGUGUGCAGCCUCAGUUUGAAAUUGUUCCUGAAGAUGACCCCCAGAAUGCCAUUGUCAGCUCUUCUGCAGAUGCUUGUCAUGCAGAACUGCUCAGGACUAUAAGCGCUACUAUGGAGAAACUAAUGCCUAACCUGCUUCCAGCUGGAGCUGACUUUUUUGGAUUUUCUCAUCCAGCCAUCCACAACCUGAUCCAGAGCUGUCCGGGAGCUCGAAAAUGCAUCAAUUACCAGUGGGUGAAAUUUGAUGUGUGCAAACCUGGAGAUGGGCAGCUACCUGAGGGGCUGCCGGAGAAUGAUGCAGCUAUGAGCUUUGAAGCCUUUCAGAGACAGAUCUUUGAUGAAGAUCAGAAUGAUCCCCUUCUGCCAGGUUCCUGGAGGUGAAAGGAACCUGGACUUGGAGUUCUUGGCUACCUCUGGCUGCCCCCGAAUUAGAACAGCCCACGGGGGUAUGUGUAUUGAGAGUGGCGGAGUGGACAGGUAGAUGAUUGACUUUUUCUCAGGCAUCAAUCUGUUACAAGGUUCGUGGUUUCAAUGGGGCCAGAUGCAUGAGAGGUCAAAGCAUGGGCAAUAGGGGUUAACUGAACGAAUUGAAUGCUAGGAACUCCUCAGGGGAGCCAAAGUUCCUUGCAAAGUGUGUAGAUUUUUUGUUUUUUAACUAUAUAAAAUCUUGGCACUGACAAAGUUAUUCCUGCUGUUUGGAGCUACACCAGAACCCCUUGGAACGCUACAGAGGGGUGGAACUAAAGCAAAACCCAUCAUUCACUCUACAGAGUGAUUAUAAAUUUCAUUUUCACACAGCAAAAAGUUCCUAAAUUGGGGGAAAUAUAGUGAAUUCCACAUAAUGUUUUAAAUUAUUCAGCCCCUAAAAAUAAAUUUAUAUAUGAUUUCAUUAAUAUAUUCACUACCUAAACCAUAUUUUUUACACUAUGUAAAAUACAUUGUAUAUGUACAGUGAGAGAUGCUUUUUGCUUUAGUUCUCAUUUUUCACAUUAAGGGGAGGAAAGCUACCCAUAGAUAGCAUUCUCACUCCUUUUCACAUGUUUCAAGGACAAUUUGCAAGUGGAUAUAAAUAUAUACACAUCACUAGUGAUUAUGCUUUUAUUUCCAACUUCUUAUAGGUAACAUAAUUUUCAGGCAAUGUUAGCUGUUUGUUUUUUAAUCCAUCAGUAAACUGCAUGAAGAUUCUUAAUAAUACACACAGAAGGCCUCUUUCAUAUUUGUAUCAUCUGCAUUAUUUUUCUAUAUGCUUGUCAUGUGGCUUUACUUUCAGCCUCACUCUUUUCUUCCAAAUGGAUUAUCCUUAAACCUUUUACCUUCAAAGAAAGAGCCUGAGCUGUAUAUUUAACUUGAACAACAGUUUGCCUCUGUUGCCCCUAUGUUCAUGUUUUCCUAAGCCAGUUUCCCACCCCUCCUGUUCCUGGCAGCCCAAGUGUCUUCCCUGGGCUGCUCCCACCUGGCCCUUGCUUUUCAUUCCUUAGGGCAGUCACUUAGCACCUCCCAAAGUGCCUGCACACAUUUCUUAUUUCUUAGACAUUCAUAUUACCACUAUUUAGAUUGAAGGAACAGAAUUGGUUUGGGCUUGAAGAGAAUACAAAGACAUCUGUCUUCAAUUAUCUGAAAGCCUCUGAUAGUAGUAAAGUUUCACGGGAGAAAGAUUUCGGUUCCACAUGAGGAAAAACUUGGAAAGUUUUAAAUGGAAAGUUCAUACAGAGAUUCAGUAACCACCUGUCAGAAAUUUUGUAAAGAACACAUGAAUACUAGCUGGCCUAUUUGGCCUUUAAAAUCUCUUCCAAUCCUGAGAUCCCACAACUCUGGAUAAAAAGGGGCAAAAGUAUUAGACAUUUCACUCCCAUUAAUAUGAGGGAAGUGAAUGACAUUGAGGUCCAAUUUGUCUGUAGCUCAGAAUUAGUCCAAUACAGACCCUUAGACUAACUAGGGAACAAAAAGCAAGCAUUUCAAGUUACCUAUAAGCCCGGGCUCAUCAGAAUAUAGAAACAGCCAUGUGCUAGCUGGAAGCCAUUCAAUGAGGCUUUCUAUUAAUUUCCUUUAAAAGCAAUGGUUAUUAUUGAAACUCUUAAAUGCUAAAAUCUGAAGGACCUAUCCUUAUAUCUAAGUUCUGAUCAUAUUGAAACAGUCAUUUAGCAACAUUGCUCUGAUGUCCAGGACCCUGGUCUGUAACGAAAGCAAUGAAGGGAGGGGCUGGCAGGGCACUGCUGGGGUGGUAUAGGGGACACUGCUUAUAUUCACAAGGCCAUGUGGUCCAAGCAUACCGGAGAGCAACCACAGUCCCAUGACAAGAAUCGAUCGCCAGGGUCAGGGACUGGGUAGAGACGGUGUUCAUGGAAGCUGGAAGCCACUUGCAUCGAUGGUCACUGCAACAGGAGAUCUAAUAAGAGAGCCAAAAAAUAGGAAUGAUUAGGUCAGAAGGGUCUUCUAAGAAACUGGGCACUGCUCUUUCAGACAAUGGAUGGGAGGAAAGGAGACACUCUUCACCAAGGACGUACUCCUACAGUAACCAGAACAAACCUGAGCCCACUUUGGAUCUAGUCAGCACAGCCACAGGUUGAUAAUACACGUUCAUGUGAUCAAAUAAAUAAUUUUAAUAAAUAAAACAUUUACUGAGGGAGACAAGGAAGCAUGAUCACAUAAGGCAUUUAGGGAAGGCUCCCCUGAACAUUCUUUGGGUGAUCCCUCUUGCCAAACAGCAAGGCAGGCAGGAAUGUAAGUGAACAGAGUGGCCCAGCUGCUGCUGCUCCUCUCUGGCACUCCCAGAGGCACUGUAGAAUGAAGAAGGGUCAUAAAGGAACUCUAGAUACGAAGGCUUUCUCAAGCCAGAAGGCAAUCCAGAAAUGGGAAUACAAAUUAUCCAGACCACUGGCAACUAACUAAAGAGGAGAGCUCAGAAUGCAGACGUCUCUCAAUUCACCUGGAACCCAGUGUGGAAAGAAGCUAAGUGGGGUAAGCGCCAACCAAGCAUCUGAGGCAGGUGGAUACCUUAGGACUUCAGAAAUAGCAGCCCUAGAUAAACUCCUGUGUAGUUAAAGUUCGCCUUUAAUAUUCUUUUCUCUUCUCCAAUGCAUUCUUUUCACACACCCCUUCCCAACCUAAGGCCUUAUGAUUCCCAAAGUCACUCAUUUAAAUGUUCCAUGUAGGAAUGCCUCCAUCCCCCACCCUCAACUGUCGAAGACUCCUGAAUAACCUCUUUCAUCAAUGGCCUCAAUUCCACAGCAGAAUGACCCCUGCUAGGUAUUAAAAGGAGUCUCAUUAUAUUAAGUCACACUAAGUUACAAAUACCCAAGAAUAAGCCUCUCAAAGGAGAACCUAAACUCAGAAAAUGUCAGGAUUUAGGAGAGUGUAACAAAAAAUACACCCAAGGAUGGGGUAAAUAUUCUGGAGCAAGGAUCCUUCAAUAGGUAACCUACAAAUAAAGCUGCAGGCCCUGCCCUAGCAAAGAUGGUUGCUUUGGCAGAGAAAAUUUAAAAGGAAAUUAAAAAUUUUUACAAGUCCAUUUUAAUACGGACUUGUUUUCCCUUUCUUGAUUGUCCUGUCUAUCAAAAGUGCUUCCAAGCUAAUGAAUUAACAGCUGUUUAUUUGCGGCUCUGAGAUAAGCUCAGCCCGCAACCAACCAAGACCUGCUGCGCCGUAAUGUUAUAACCAAAGAGAUGGCCUCAGUGUGGAGGAAAUCUUGACUCCACCAGAAAAUGAACCCGUUUAUUCUGCUGUUCUCACCUCAAAUAUCUUGUUGUCCCUUUUCUGCACCUGGAUUUGCUGGUAAUAUGUGAGAUUGAGCAGCCCCUUGUGAGCCAAGAGUUCUAUCUUCUCAGGCAGUGGUCCUUCAAAGGUCAAAUUCUUCUCACCAUAAGCCAGAGCACGGGCCCCCAAGUGCAGCCGAUAAGCCACAGUCUGUUUAUCUCGAGGGUGGAUGCUACAGGAUAAGGAACAAGUAGAGAACUUGGGGUUUAAGCUCAACAAUAACCACAUUUUUUUAAAAAGGGGGAUUAUACAAAGCACCAUUUAUGAAAGUAAGAAUAAAGUUGACUGAACUCCGUAAUCAGUGGCCAGUCAGCUUAAGGGAAAUGGUGAAUGGUAACCAUAGAUGGGGCUCUGGGCCUUCUAUGGGUUGGAAACCUUGAAACAAUAGAUGGCUUGGAAGGAAGGAAUAAAGGGAGGGUUGCAGGGAGGGAGGGAGACAUGGAGGAAGGAAAGAUACCAGAACUAACCUAAGAGAGCUAACUCAUAAGAUUGUUCCUAACCACUAAAAGUCAGGUUUCUUCUGAAUCAACUGUUCAUUAUUUGGUCCCCUAGAGCUUUUAUUCAUUUAUUCAAUAAAUCAAUCAAGUUCCUCCUAUAA